GGCCCACUGGGUCUGGAUGGCAAGCCUGGACUUCCGGGCCCCAAAGGGGAAAAGGGUGCCCCAGGAGACUUUGGCCCCCGGGGAGACCAAGGGCAAGAUGGAGCUGCUGGGCCUCCAGGGCCCCCUGGACCCCCGGGGGCCCGGGGCCCUCCUGGCGACACUGGAAAAGAUGGCCCCAGGGGAGCUCAAGGCCCAGCGGGUCCCAAAGGAGAGCCUGGAAAAGACGGCGAGAUGGGCCCACGGGGACCUCCAGGGCCCAAGGGUGAACCUGGCAUUCCUGGAAAGAACGGGGAUGACGGGUCACCAAGCCAACCAGGGCUCCCUGGACCCCCAGGGCCCAAGGGCGAGCCAGGGGGUGUGGGGCCCCAAGGAGAGAACGGCAUGGAUGGUGCCCCGGGACCAAAGGGGGAGCCCGGCCUCCGAGGAGCCGAUGGAGCCGCAGGGCCCCGGGGUCCCCCGGGUCCCAAGGGCGAGCAAGGAGACACAGUGGUGAUCGACUACGAUGGCAGGAUCCUGGAUGCCCUUAAGGGUCCUCCUGGGCCUCAGGGGCCCCCGGGGCCACCAGGAAUCACUGGAGCCAAGGGUGAGCUCGGAUUGCCCGGUGCCCCAGGAAUCGAUGGAGAGAAGGGUUCCAAAGGACCAAAAGGAGACCCAGGGGAGCCUGGGCCAACUGGACUCAAAGGGGAAGUGGGGGAGAUGGGCUUGCCCGGCCUCCCGGGCGCUGAUGGCCCCAAGGGAGAAAAGGGAGAUUCGGCUUCUGACAACCUACAGGAGAGCCUGGCCCAGAUCAUAGUGGAACCAGGGCCCCCUGGCCCUCCCGGUCCCCCAGGCCCUAUGGGCCUUCAGGGAAUCCAGGGUCCCAAGGGCUUGGAUGGAGCAAAGGGAGAGAAGGGUGUGUCGGGUGAGAGAGGUCCCAGCGGCCUGCCUGGGCCGGUUGGCCCACCAGGCCUUAUUGGGCUGCCAGGAACCAAAGGAGAGAAGGGCAGACCAGGGGAGCCAGGACUAGAUGGUUUCCCUGGACCCCGAGGAGAAAAAGGCGACCGGAGCGAUCGUGGGGAGAAGGGAGAGCGGGGUGUCCCCGGCCGGAAAGGAGUGAAGGGCCAGAAGGGUGAACCAGGACCUCCAGGCCUGGACCAGCCAUGUCCUGUGGGUCCCGAUGGGCUGCCUGUGCCUGGCUGCUGGCAUAAGUGAUCCCCAGACCCAGCUCACAACCUGUACAGAUCUGUGUGGACGUUUUUAAUUUUUGUAUAAACAAAACAGUAAUAUAUUGAUCAUUUUUCACGGGAUGCGCCACUUGUGGCCUUUUAACAUGGGAGAGUGUGCCAGCCCAGUCCCGGAAUCAUCAGCAUGUGAAGCUAGCAGAAAAGUGGACAGGCCAGUCCAGGGGAAUUGUGACUUGAGGGCCACCCGUGGGUCUUGGCUUUCCUAGGAAGGAGACGAAGGUGGAAGUGCCUGGCUCAGGUGAAGCUGGAACGAUGCCAGGUUGAGACUUCAGUCACCUGAUUAACAGAGACUCACAGCUGUCCUGCCACCCUGCAAGAGCCUGUCCCCUGAAGCUCUGGAGCCCCCAGGUCACACCCUAUCCAAGAAGGCCCAGGGCUUGGACAGAAGCUGCUUCUGGCCUCUCCAGCCUCCGGACUCAGCCCCAACAAGCUGCUCCCUGGACCCUGAAUUCACCAGGGCAGUACAGGACUCCCACCCAGCAUUUGCAGCUGCACCCAAGGAGCAGUCAGUGUAAAGCACCCAAGUGGGUCUAGCUCCUGCUAAGUUCAGUAGGCAUCAGGUAGCCAGCCUGCCGUGAUAACAUGUGUCCUAGUCCUCUGGCUGAGCUAUGUGAUUUGGAGCCAGCUGCAGGGAGCCCAGUGAUCCCUGAGUGUGGGGACAGAGGGUCCCAGCCUGGACUGGCUGCUGCUUCCUGUCUCUGUCUUCCCAUCAUCCAGAGCAGGGACAGGAUGGGACUUUGCCGGGCCUCCAGCUCAGAGUUCAAGUCUCGCUAGCCCUGAGUCUCCUGCCCCGAACUCUGGUCAGCCUGCCAAAAAUGGCCCUCCUGGUGAGUUGUGCAGAUAAAGUGAACCUCAGGGCUGGUGCCCAGCUGGCCUGAGCAGGGAGCCUGUGAUCCAGCCACCUGUGCUCUAAUGAAUAGGCUUUUCCACCUCUAACAAGGAUUCCCAGCAACUGGCUCCAUCCUGGCUACUCACCUUCCCUUUCUGUGUAGAUGGAUAUUGCUGCGUGUAAUAAACCACAAGUGUGUGUC